AUGCACAGCCUCCUCGCCAGGAUCCCGCAACCGCGCAGGCCCCUCGUCCUGGUCGCCUCCUCCUGCGCGCUGAUCCUCCUCGCCACCGCCCUCCUCCUCCCGCGCGCCCCUCCCGCCCCGCCGCUCACCACGCCCGCCGCCAUCCGCCUGGACCCGCGCGUCGAGCGCAAGAACGGCAACGAGCUGCUGUGGCAGCUCCCGCCAGGCCCGCCGCGCGCCGCCGUGUUCGUCGCCCCCGGCUGCACCAUCCGCGCCACCGACUUCUUCGACGCCUCCCCGGGCUGCCCGCGCUGCGCGGGGCUCCCCGAGGAGCGCCGCUUCACGCGCGAGGCGCUCCGCCGCGGCUACGCCGUCCUCGCCGUGUCCAGCCGCGCCGAGUGCUGGUCCCUCGACGCCGCCGCCUCCGGCGACGGCAGCGAGCUCGCCGCCGUCGAGUCCAUCAUCAAAUGGUGGGUCAACGAGCAAUACCCAGACCUCCACGGCCUCCCGCUCGUCGCCAUCGGCGCGUCGUCGGGCGGGUACUUCGUGUCCGCGCUGGCCGCCAGGGUCAGGUUCAGCAGCGUGGCCAUCAUGAUCGCCGAGGGCGUGUUCGCCGCGAUGCGCGAGGUCCCGGCCGGGUACCCGCCGGCGCUGUUCGUGCACAUGCCCAAGGACGCCGAGAGGGCGCGGAUGGUGGCGGCGAGCAUAGGCCAACUCAAGUCAAAGCGCGUCGAUGUGCGGGAGAUCCAGUGCGGUGCCUUUGCCGUGAGCGGGGGGUUCCUGGCCGCGAGGAUUCCGGGGUUGACUCGCACCGUCGCCGACGGAAUCGUGGACGUGCUUCGCCGCAAGUCGUUCCUGGAUGACAAGGGGUUUCUGAAGAAGGAUGGCAGGAGCACACCGUGGAAGGGGGCAGCAGAGGAGGCCAAGGUCUUGCCGGAGGGGUUCUCGUUGGAGAGGCAUGUCACGGAGGAGCUGAAUGUUGCAUAUGCGUACCAUGAGUUUACCAGCCUGAAGAAUGCAGAGAUCUUCGAAUGGUUCGAGUCCCAUAUGCAUCGCAAGGUUUGAGGACGCUUCGUUCCUAUGGUUAUCCAUGGCUAAUUUGAGGUUGUACAUGUAAGUGUUGCUGAUUUGAGAAGGCAGGCUGUAAUGAUCCGUUGGAGUUGGAAAGAACAGCAAUGAUUUUGUAAGAUCAGUUAUUCCCAUAGCUUGUAGUUUACCACACCAACUUGUAGUUUCCACUUAUGUUUUUCUUUUCUGCCAAACUUGUUCACUGUCCUCAUUGUUGGUAUUAUUGUAGUAACUUAUAACACAGAAAUGUCUUGACACUAGAAAAUGACAGAGACUUGGAUAUGUUAAUCCUUUGUGAGAAAGGAUAUUUAUAUAAUCAGCCACAUUUAGUGUAACUCCA